CCUUCCAUCCAGCACCUGUUUAUUUGAAGCAGCUACCAAGCUAGAUAAAAUAAAAAAAAGCGGGCAGCUAUAAAUAAACACUGAAUCCUGCUAAAAUGCUUACUACUUCUGGUGAAAAUUGCCGCAUUACGAACGACAACCGCUAAGUACGGCCGUUGGCCACGUCAGUGAUCUUGAAACGGAACCGAACACACCUGCGGCGGAAGGGAUAGCGACCCACCGUUAACGACAAAACGACAAACGCAGUGACGCAAAUCAGUCCCAUUUUUUCUGCCAAGACCGACGACGAUACUGGAAGUUGGAGGCAACCUAAGAACGGAAGCAAAGCCCACCCGCCGGACAAAAUGCAAAUUCCCUACAUGAAGGUGGCGAUCUAUUCGCUGACCUUCCUGACGUACGCGUACACCGGCUACGGUUCGAACAUGAUAGCGAACCUGCGGGAUGCCAUCAUCGCGGCGGAAGCCGUCUUCGGGGACGUGAUGAAGAAUGUGCUCCAUGUGGCGAAAAAGUUCAAAGUCGUGCACGAAGUGUUUGAUGCAGCGGUGGAGGAAAACUGUGUGUACAAAUGUCCCGGCGACAUAACACCCACGCGCAAUAAAUUCUACGUCCCCCAGUCGGACGGGUGCGGCUCGUUGGGGAUGAAAAUUAGCACGGAAUAUCUGCCGGCCGUCGAGAUGGAGCAGUGCUGCAAUGCGCACGAUAUCUGCUACGACACGUGCAACAGCGAUAAGGAGCUGUGCGAUUUGGAUUUUAAACGCUGCCUCUAUCGGUACUGCGACGAUUAUGAGAAGAACGUGGUGGGCGAUAUCGUAGUGAAGGGUUGUAAAGCGGCCGCCAAGAUGCUGUUUACCGGCACGCUCACGCUCGGCUGCAAAUCGUACCUAGACUCGCAGCAACGGUGCUGUUACUGUCCACCGGAGAAGACGGAAGGAUCACCUCCACCACCACCGCCCAGACAGGAGCAGGGAAAGUAUGCCGACUCGAAAGGGUCAAAGGAUUACGGCAAGGACUCCCGGGACAAGGGAAAGGACAAGAAUAAAUAUGGCUGGAAGGAGCUGUAGAUGCAGCGCAGGGAGAACUACAGAUGGAAAAGAACAUAAUUUACUGUACUGUGAUUAGAAUAGUGAAGCUUUCGUAUCUACACACUUCCCGUGUAGAGCAAACAGGCAGGCCAUGGCAGGUUACCAUCCUUCUUGGGGAAAAAUAAAGACUUUUCAAAGACA